AUGUGGGCGUGUGGCACGGCAGGAUACAAGCACGAGGCCUUCCUUCGUGGAGCGGCUCGAGUUGCCAAGCGCACCGUCGAGGACUUCUCCUCGCAGCAUCAGUCGAACUUUCUCUGGGCCUGCGCGAGGCUGAAUUUCAAAGACGAUGUGCAGCUCUUGCGCUGUCUGGCUGAUGCUGCCAUCAGGAAAAUGCACGAGGGCAGCCCCCAGCAUCUGUCGAACAUUGCUUGG